AUGCUUAUCAAGGAUGACCUUGACAACGGUGACAAUGUAUUAAACGUUGGGGGCGAACUGUUGCAUCACGACAAGUGUAUCUGUAUCGGAAGAAACACCAUGCGACUUACGAGACUUUACAUAUCGUUCUUUGUUUACCAUGCCACAUCUCAGUCCCUCCUUCGGUUUGCGUCACCGGAUCAUGAUGUCCAGGCUAUAUCGAGUGAAUCUGAACAGAACGAUGCGGAACACAUGGCUAGUCAUGGAGCUCAGUCGAGUUUUGUUCCUCUAGAAACUACAGAACAAUCUUCCGUGAGUCCAUUUCGAGUCGUCGGCCAAUCUGGUGUUCCGGCAAUGGCCGCCGCUCUGAUGCCGAACGGCAAUGUCGUGUUCAUUGACAAGGUCGAAAAUUAUACCCAGCUUGUAUUGGACAACGGCCAAUAUGCAUACUCGUCGGAGUACAAUCUCACUUCAAACACUGCGCAUGGUUUGGGCUACCAGACGAAUGCCUUCUGCUCGGGUGGUUCUUUUCUCGCCGACGGCCGGCUCGUAUCUGUAGGUGGUAAUGGGCCUUUGCCAGAUAUUGACCCAACUGUCGGUGACGGAUUCCAGGGUAUACGAUACCUAGAGCGUGGAGCUUACUAUGGUGACUGGUAUGAACCUGGUCAUACACUAUCAACUCCUCGUUGGUAUGCUAGUGUUCAGAUGUUGCAGGGAAAGGAACUAUUCGUCGCCUCCGGUAGUCUCAACGGACUUGAUCCCAUGCGGAGCGAAAAUAACAACCCGACAUUUGAGAUUCUCGAUCAAGAUGGCAUACCGGCCACCGGAAGCAUAAUCCUUCCAAUAUUGUCGGAUAAUCAACCUUACUAUAUGUAUCCUUUCUUGCAUCUAUUGAAGAACGGCCACCUUUUCAUCUUCGUUUCACGAUCCGCAGAGGUUUAUAACCCCUAUGAUCUGACCACUAGCCGCCAGUUACCGAACCUGCCGGGUGCGUAUAGAACAUACCCAAACACGGGUGGGAGUGUUAUUCUUCCCCUGUCGAAGAAGAAUGACUGGGAACCUGAAAUUAUGGUUUGUGGCGGCGGAGCUUAUGCGGAUAUUUCUAGUCCGGCAGACCGAACCUGCGGGCGUAUUCAACCACUAUCAGAAAACCCUGAAUGGCACAUGGAAGAGAUGCCGGAGCCAAGAGUGAUGGUAGAAGGUCUUCUUCUUCCUGACGGGAAGGUACUCUGGCUGAACGGUGCUCGACGGGGUGCCCAGGGAUUUGGUACAGCUCAAGAGCCAUGUUUUGGCGCAUUUAUCUACGAUCCUGAACAGCCUACCGGAAGCAGAUGGGCUUUAGAGGGAACUUCGGAUAUUCCUCGUCUGUAUCACUCGGUUGCACUUUUACUCUUGGAUGGAACUGUCAUGGUCGCUGGCUCAAACCCAAUGGAACAGCCUCUACUCGAACCAAACUACAACAGUCCAGCCACCGCAUAUGCCACUGAAUUCCGAGUCGAAAUUUAUACACCUCCAUAUCUUCUUGGAGCCAAUGCCUCGAAGCGUCCACAGAACAUCCAACUCUCCCAGGUGGAUCUUAUUGCUGACGGUGAAUCUUUCUUCAUUAGCUUCACAAGCACGGCCAAUGCAACAGACCUGAAAAUUGCUCUCUAUCAUGGCGGUUUUGUCACACACUCAUUACAUAUGGGCCAGCGUUUGAUCUAUCUGGACCAUGAAGGCUUUGCUCCAGGUUUCGAUGAGCAAUUCGUCAGUGUCUUUAUGCCGCCUUCUUCCAGCAUCUCACCUUCUGGUCCCUAUGUUAUCUACGUUGUACUUGAUGGUGUUCCCGGCUUGGGGCAGUUUGUUAUGGUGAGGUAGGUGGGAAUUGGCCAGCCAAGUCAGCUGCUUUACUCGACACUGCAUCUCAACUGGUAGGCAGCUCUUAAGCAGGUCACAGUUGGCAUGCAAAAAAAAUCCUUGAUACACCUGGAGGCUUAGUCACUCGAUCAAUCUUGAGUUGGGAAUUGCACAUAUAAACAUUGUUAAUUCAUCACCAUAGGCUGUUAGUCCAAUACAUUCUUUCGAAUCCU